UGCCUAAACUUUCUUUUAAUCUUCUAUCGCUGUGUUUGUUGUAAAUUUUGUUUACCUCUACGGAAAAAAUGUCUCGGAUGUUCCUAUGUAAAAAUAGUUUUAAUUUAGUAUCUUAUUAAAAAUUGUGAACAAGGAAAAAAUACCUUUUUUUAAAUGCAGUUGUGAUAAAACCCGAGCUGGGUUAGAAGUUUUAAAAACACGUUUGCCAUGUUUGUGUUUCAUUAGCCCAUUUUUAAUAUCUGCCAGUAAAUGUUUGAUACAAGGGCUUUUGUGACAAUUUCUUUCGAACUGGCUGACGAAAUAUGAAUUUAGAAAAAUCGUUGCAGUGUAGACCCUUCAAAGAAACGAUUAUGAUAGCAAAAGGAAUAGCCCCUUUUUUAUCAGUAAAAUUACACCAUCAGGGUAGCCACGACUCAUCUUUAAAAAACCUCGAUAGAAGUUGAAAAUAUCUCCUCUUUAACUCUUCUAUUUCAGUAACAUUAAUAAUAGUUUGAUAGUUUAACGUGUUAUUUUCCUUUGCUAUAUAAAGGAAUAUUCUAAUUGUUUUGCAUAGCUUAAAUUUCUGUUUGCGUCGAAUGUGUCAGUUUUUACUUAUUCUUGUAUACAUAACAAUAUCAGAGACAGGUGAGCCUACUUUUAAUCUAGAAAUUGGUGUCCAUGUAUAGUUAUUUUCUGAUAUGUCUACCAUCAGGAAUUUUUUUGUUUUGUUUAGAAAAGUAGAAAUAAUGCCUAAAUACUAUAGUGAAUUUCAGGACUCGUGACUCAUUGUUGAUGAAUUUAAAUCUUGGUUUAUAACGUUUAAUACAAGUCGCUUAGUAUUGCAAACAGAAUUAAGAAUAUAAGGCAGCAUGCUAAAGGAAAGAAACAUAUAGAAAGAUGUCCAAUUGGUAGCAAUAAAAUAAGUCUUGUUAAAAAGCCUUCUGAAGUCACUAGUCCAGCAAAACAAAAAAUAGUUUAAAAGCAUACUAAUUUGAUUAAUACAGUAUCAAGAGAUCAGACACUAAAUGCAGAGAUAAUUUGGUCAUUAAAAGUUUCAAAAUGCAAACUUUCACAAGGCUAAUCAGAAUCGAAAGAGAAUUCUUCAAUCCAAACUAAUACAGAGAAAACAGUUUUAAAGAUUUGGUCUGAUGAAAAAGGACAUCGCGUUGGCAUAAUGCUAUCGAAGUCAAAUAUUAUUCUUACGACGUGCUUUGCUGCGGUUUGCCGUCAAUCGAGACGGCAUCUUAGAGAUGUGUCGUUGGUAGGAGUUCCAUUCAGUGGAGGUCAGCCAAGAAGUGGAGUUGAGCAUGGACCAAAAGCAUUGCGAGACGCAGGAUUGGUUGAUAGAAUCGAAGCUUUAGGGAGGCAUGUUAAAGAUUUUGGUGAUAUAAAAGUGGAUGAGUAUUCUUCAGAAAACCCAGAAGUAGAAAAUUACAAAGGCUAUCCCGUAAAAAAUUCACGUAUUUGUGGAAAAGUCUCCAGACAGGUUGCUAAUAUUGUAGAAAAAGGAAGUGAAAAUGGAGAUAUAUGCGUUACAGUAGGAGGCGAUCACAGUGUUGCAACCGGCAGUGUUUUCGGUCACCAGAAAGCAAGGGGAAAUAUAUGUGUUCUGUGGAUCGAUGCACACAACGAUAUCAACACAUUUCAAACAUCACCCAGUGGAAAUUUACAUGGGAUGUGCUUAUCCUUUCUCGUAAAAGGACUUCCAUAUGCUCAAGGAAUACCUGGUUAUGAAUGGGUGGAGCCCUGCAUAACACCAUUCGACAUUGCAUAUAUUGGCUUACGAGACACUGAUCCGGGAGAAUACACGAUAACACACGAACUUGGUAUACUCACGUUUUCAAUGCACGAAGUUGAUCGAUACGGUAUUUCAACAGUUGUUGAACGAGCCAUAGAAUCGAUCAACCCGAGGUUGGACAGGCCGAUACAUUUGAGUUAUGAUAUUGACUCCUUAGAUCCUUUGGUGUCUCCUAGCACUGGAACUACAGUAUACGGUGGCUUAUCUUUGAGGGAAGGACUUUACAUUGGAGAAUACGUCAACAAAUUAGGCUUGCUUGGUGCCCUUGAUUUGGUUGAAGUGAACCCAAAGUUAAAAACUAAAGAAGAUGCACAAUUAACAGUUCAUACUGCAUUGCGUAUCACUGAAGCUUGUCUUGGCAAGCACCGUUCUGGCUAUGUCACCAAAAGAUCAUUUGAAUAUUAACUUCAUUACAAAUGUACAGGAUAGUAGUACAUUUUGAAUAAAGCUGGUUUAGAAAUACAUUUGACAGUAAUGUGUGACAAGAAAGAAAAGGGAAGAAACAGUACGUUUGAUAUGUGACACCACGAUGAAUAUGUAGUUAUACUUUAUGUACCAAGGUCGUUCCCAGGGUAUUCUACUCCGUAAUCACGGUUCAGGGGCCACAAGACACUGGGGACGAGGUUGUUUAUUCACGUCAAAACGCUUUUAUUAGCAUAAUUGAGUGACGAUGUUUAUUUGAAAAUUGUAUAUUUAGGAUUGGCAUUUAUAUUGAUGUAUAAAACAGAUUGUGUUGAUAUAUAUAUGGAAGCUUAUGCA